AUGACCAUUCGUUCUUUUACCCUUCCCCUCGUUCUUCUUCUAUGUCAAUCGUUGGGCGCGCUCGCCGCUAUCGACCCAACCUCGGCGUUGGCUUCCAUCAUCGGAACCUAUAACGUGACCUUCGCGCUCGUCGCGGUUCCCAGCGAUGUUGCGUACAGCCUCAUACCGGCGGGCUACUCAAUCCUGCCACCGGCGGCGGAGCAGUUCCCAGGCAUCGGGGAGGACGAGCUGCCUAUCUUUAUCGAGCUCGGCCGGGAGGCGAACGCAGGGCCACCGUUGUUGAACUUUGAGAACUUUCAAGAGGCGAAGAUUGAGGUGCCGAAUGUGGCGCGUCUGAAUGAUUCCUCGCCGUUUCUUUACAAGCGAUGGAUUGCCGUCGACAAUACCUUGGAUGUGGUCGGCUCAUGGGUGCAAUUCGGCUUGAACACGUCAAAGGAGGAAUUCAACCCCACGAACAGCAGCAAUGCGACUUCGUUUGACUAUUCCAUCGUCGGUCUGUAA